GAUCAAUCGCUUACGUGAGCAGAAGUAGUUCUGGUCGUCGCCUACCGUCUCGCUAUAGCCGUUUGAGGGAAGAAGGAGGAAAAUAACCCGGUGUCUUUAGAGCCACAUUAAGAUUGCAUUGAGCCAAGCUUGCCAUCAAGAGCCCAACAGUCACCAUGAUGCUGAGCACAGAAGGCAGGGAAGGGUUCGUGGUGAAGGUCAGGGGCCUACCCUGGUCCUGCUCAGCUGAUGAAGUGAUGCGCUUCUUCUCUGAUUGCAAAAUCCAGAAUGGCACAUCAGGUAUUCGUUUCAUCUACACCAGAGAAGGCAGACCAAGUGGUGAAGCAUUUGUUGAACUUGAAUCAGAAGAUGAAGUGAAAUUGGCUUUGAAGAAGGACAGAGAAACCAUGGGUCACAGAUACGUUGAAGUAUUCAAGUCCAACAGUGUUGAAAUGGAUUGGGUGUUGAAGCAUACAGGUCCAAAUAGUCCUGAUACUUCCAAUGAUGGCUUCGUCCGGCUUAGAGGACUCCCAUUUGGCUGUAGCAAGGAAGAGAUUGUUCAGUUCUUUUCAGGGCUGGAAAUUGUGCCAAAUGGGAUGACACUGCCAGUGGACUUUCAGGGGCGGAGCAUGGGGGAAGCCUUUGUGCAGUUUGCUUCACAGGAGAUAGCUGAAAAAGCCUUAAAGAAACAUAAGGAAACAACAGGGCACAGGUACAUUGAAAUAUUCAAGAGUAGCAGAGCUGAAGUCCGAACCCACUAUGAUCCUCCUCGUAAGCUCAUGGCCAUGCAGCGGCCAGGUCCUUAUGAUAGGCCUGGGGCUGGCCGAGGCUAUAAUAGCAUUGGCAGAGGAGCUGGGUUUGAAAGGAUGAGGCGGGGUGCGUAUGGUGGAGGGUAUGGAGGCUAUGAUGAUUAUGGUGGUUAUAAUGAUGGCUAUGGAUUUGGGUCUGAUAGGUUUGGAAGAGACCUCAAUUACUGUUUCUCAGGAAUGUCUGAUCAUAGAUAUGGAGAUGGUGGGUCUAGUUUCCAGAGCACCACGGGGCACUGUGUACACAUGAGAGGGUUACCUUACAGAGCCACUGAGAAUGAUAUUUAUAAUUUUUUCUCACCUCUUAACCCCAUGAGAGUACACAUUGAAAUUGGACCCGAUGGCAGGGUUACAGGUGAGGCAGAUGUUGAAUUUGCUACUCAUGAAGAUGCAGUGGCAGCUAUGGCAAAAGAUAAAGCUAAUAUGCAACACAGUUAUGUGAAGCUCUUCUUGAAUUCUACUGCAGGAACAAGUGGAGGAGGUUAUGAUCAUAGCUAUGUAGAACUCUUUUUGAAUUCUACAGCAGGGGCAAGUGGUGGUGCUUAUGGUAGCCAAAUGAUGGGAGGGAUGGGCUUAUCUAACCAGUCUAGUUAUGGGGGUCCUGCCAGCCAGCAGCUGAGUGGUGGUUAUGGAGGCGGUUAUGGUGGUCAGAGCAGUAUGAGUGGAUAUGACCAAGUUCUGCAGGAAAACUCCAGUGACUACCAGUCAAACCUCGCUUAAGGUAGACAAAGAGCAUUAAACAGCUACUAUAGAAAUAAAAGCUGUGCAUUAUGGGAGUUGGAUAGAAUGGGAGGGAUGUCUAGUAUAUCUAAUAUGAUUGGUAAAUGGAAAAUAUAAUGAUUCUGAUUGCUCUUGGUCACCUAGCUUGCCUGCCCUCCCUUUCUUUCUCUCCCUCUUUUUUCUUUUCCUUUCUUUUCUGUCCUCCUUUCUUCCUUUCUUUCCUCCUCCUCCUCUCCUUUUUUAAGAAAAUAAAAAUUAACAGUUUUGCAUUACAGGCUUGUGAUUCAUGCUUACUGUAAAGUGGAAAUCAAGAUUGUUUUAAAACUUAAGUAAUUUUGAACACUGAAACAUCAUCUAGGACGUAAUAACAAAGUUCAGUAUUGACUAUAACAUAAAACAACUUUCAGCUUUCCUCAAGUUAGUUAUGUUGUAGGAGUGUACCUAAGCAGUAAGCAUAUUUAGGUUAAAGCAGUUUCACUUAUGUUAAAUGUUGCUCUUAUACCACAGUACAUUGAACACUUCAGAUGCAUGUUGAGAAACGUGCUGUUCUGUAAAACUCAAAUAUAGGAGCUGUGUCUAUGAUUCAAAGUGAAAACAUUUGGCAUGUUUGUUAAUUCUAGCUUUUUGGUUUAAUAUCCUGUAAGGCACGUGAGUGUAAACUUUCACUUUUUUUUUUAAGAUCGGGACAAUUUUGAGAUGUAAUACCAAUACUUUAGGAGUUUGGUCAUGUCAUUUGUACGGAAUUCUGAGGCUUUGAUUUAAAUCUUUUCC